AUCUCACAAAUCCUAUAUAUUCCCAACUUUUCUUCAUCACUCCCUGCGCUGUGCCGCCGUACUGCCUCCAUCUCCGCCGUCGUCCUAUCCUUGUUUCCUCCUAUCCCAGUAAAAGAAAAAAACGAAAAACAGGAGCUUGACGGAAAAAACCCCAAAAAAAUCCAUCUUCAAUUUUGCUAGUUUCGGUAGGUUUGGUUUCCGUUUCGCAUUCGUUUUCGCGGAGAUUGCAACGAUGGCGCAGGUUCAGGUUCCUUCACAUGCAACGCCCCCUCCGGUCACGGCGGCUGACGGGAUGCUUGCGACGGCUGCGGCCGGCGGCGACGGAGUCAAUCACGGCACUCUGUGUUCGCUCUACGUCGGAGAUCUGGAGCUCAACGUGACGGACUCUCAGCUGUAUGAUUAUUUCAACCAAGUGGGUCAGGUCGUGUCAGUUCGGGUCUGUCGAGACGCCGUAACCCAGAAUUCCCUUGGAUAUGGUUACGUCAAUUACAGCAAUAGCCAUGAUGCUGACAGGGCGACGAAGGAGCUGAAUUUCUCCUAUCUCAACGGCAAGAUGAUCCGGGUUACAUACUCUUCCCGUGACUCUUCUUUUCGUAGAAGCGGCAUUGGUAACUUAUUCGUCAAGAAUUUGGACAAGUCGAUUGACAACAAAACUCUGCAUGACACAUUCUCAGAGUUUGGAAAUAUUGUAUCUUGUAAGGUUGCUACUGAUCACUUGGGUCAGUCCAGAGGAUACGGUUUUGUGCAGUUUGAAAAGGAGGAUUCAGCUAAAAAUGCCAUCGAGAAGCUGAAUGGCACAUUGCUCAAGGACAAACAGAUUUUCGUCGGACCCUUUCUUCGGAAGGAGGAAAGAGAGUCUGGUGCAAAUAAGAUAAGGUUCAACAAUGUUUUCGUAAAAAAUCUGUCAGAAUCAACAACUGAUGAUGAUUUAAAGAAUAUUUUUGGGCAAUACGGAAAUAUCACAAGUGCAGUGGUUAUGAGGGAUGGGGAUGGAAAAUCCAGAUGUUUUGGAUUCGUCAAUUUUGAGAAUCCUGACGAUGCAGCUCAGUCUGUUGAGGCCUUGAAGGGGAAGAAAUUCGGGGACAAGGAAUGGUUUGUUGGUAAAGCGCAGAAGAAAUCUGAGAGGGAACUUGAACUGAGGGGAAGAUUUGAACAGGGCGUGAGGGAAACGGCGAACAAUGUUGAAGGAUUGAAUUUGUAUGUUAAGAAUCUCGAUGACACUAUCACUGAUGAGAAGUUGCGUGAAUUGUUUUCUGGAUUUGGUAUAAUAACAUCCUGCAAGGUUAUGCGUGACCCCAAUGGUACUAGCAAAGGAUCGGGAUUUGUUGCUUUCUCAGAUGCUGGAGAAGCUUCCAGAGCUCUGUCUGAGAUGAAUGGUAAAAUGGUGGGGAGCAAACCACUAUAUGUUGCUCUUGCUCAGAGAAAGGAAGAAAGAAGGGCUAAGUUGCAGGCACAAUUUUCUCAGAUGAGACCUGCUUUGUUGCCGGCUGUUGGUGGUCCCCGUAUGCCAAUUUAUCCUGCAGGUGCUCCAGGUCUUGGACAGCAGCUGUUCUUUGGUCAAGGUCCUCCAAUGAUCCCUCACCAGCCGGGAUUUGGGUAUCAGCCGCAGCUGGUUCCUGGAAUGAGACCAAACUAUUUUGGCCCGAUGAUGCAGCCAGGUCAGCGGCCAGGUGGCAGACGCUCGGGUGGUGGACCCAUGCGCCAGUCUCAGCAACCCAUUCCUCUCAUGCAGCCUCAGAUGAUCCCGAGGGGACGCGGGUAUCGUUACCCUCCUGGCAGGAACAUGCCUGAUGGUCCCAUUCCCGGAGGGAUUCUUCCUGUUGCCUAUGAUAUGACCGGAAUGCCCUUCCCACAGCCUCUGUCAACCGGGGCAUUGGCAUCUGCCCUCGCUAAUGCAACGCCUGCCCAACAGAGAACGCUGCUGGGUGAGCAUCUGUACCCGCUGGUGGACCAGUUGGAGCGCGACAAUGCGGCGAAGGUGACAGGAAUGCUUCUGGAGAUGGACCAGACAGAAGUGUUGCACCUGCUCGAAUCUCCCGAAGCUUUGACGGCCAAAGUUGCGGAAGCCAUGGACGUCCUGAGGAAUGUAGGUCAGCAGCCUGAGGCUAGUGACAGUGGAAGUGGCCUGCUACCGUUCGAC